GGAAAAAAUGUUAUCUGUGACCGAACAGCAACUCCCCUGGAUGCCUUUAGGAUGAUGUCUGCAGCCCAUUAUUACCCCAAGCUCAUGAGCAUCAUGGGGAACGUUCUCCGCUUCCUGCCUGCCUUUGUGAAGAUGAAGCAGCUGAUUCAGGAGGGCUAUGUAGGGGAGCUGCUGGUGUGCGAGGUGCAGGUGCACAGUGGAAGUCUGCUGGGCAAGAAGUACAACUGGAGCUGUGAUGACCUGAUGGGGGGCGGGGGUUUGCACUCAGUCGGUACCUAUAUCAUCGACCUCUUGACCUUCCUCACCAGCCAGAAGGCUGUGAAAGUGCAUGGGCUGCUCAAGACCUUUGUGAAACAGACCGACCACAUCAAGGGAAUACGUCAGAUUACCAGUGAUGACUUUUGCACGUUUCAAAUGGUUCUGGAAGGUGGGGUGUGCUGCACUGUCACCCUCAACUUCAAUGUCCCUGGGGAAUUCAAACAGGAUAUUAUUAUGGUAGGUUCAACUGGACGACUGAUUGUAAUAGGCACUGAUUUGUAUGGGCAGAGAAACAGCUCUCCUCAAAGAGAGCUCCUUCUAAAGGACUCUAUGCCAGUCAGCAACUCCUUACUGCCUGAGAAGGCCUUCAGUGAUAUCCCCUCCCCAUACCUUCAGGGCACUAUUAAGAUGGUGCAGGCCAUCCGGCAAGCAUUUGAGGACCAGGAUGACAGGAGAACCUGGGAUGGGAGGCCCCUCACCAUGGCUGCGACUUUCGAUGACUGCCUGUAUGCCUUGUGUGUAGUGGACACCAUUAAAAAGUCAAACCAGCUAGGGGAAUGGCAGAACAUUGCAAUCAUGACAGAAGAGCCAGAGCUGAGCCCUGCAUACCUGAUCAGUGAAGCCAUGCGUAGGAGCAGAAUGUCUCUGUACUGCUAGCUUCACUCAGCUCUUAAAAAGGAAUGGAAACAAAACAGCUCUUAAAGAAUAAUUCAGACAGCAUAAGGAUUUGGACAUAUAAAAGUUUGACAAAUUUGGUGUUUAAACCAACUAAACUAGUUGGCGCCUCUAUAUUACAGUGAUGGGUGCGUUAGAAAUGCCUAAGCUAGACAGCUGGAAAUGAGAAUUGUUUAAGGGCUGACCUAAAUAAUUUGUGCUAACUGUUUAGCAGCAGUAUUAACUGGCUGGAUAGCAAGAUAUCAUGGAAUCUGUCUCCUGCAUGGAAGUGCUUAGCUGAUCCAGUUGUGCUUACUGUGAAAGUUCAGGAAGGUCCUUUUUGACUUACCUGUCCUGCCAGAGGGCUGUGAAGGCUCUGUCAUGUCAGAAAGUCUCCUGUGGCAUCCGACGUGAAGAGUUCCUACCAUGCCAGCUGACAACACCACACUGUACUGCUACAUUACUAACCAGUACAUAGAAUAAUAAGACUUGGUGUGACCAAGUGUCAUGUGACCUGGACACACUUGGCAGCUCAGUUUUUCAUAGUUUAUUCUGAGGGGGCUUUUUUGUUUUGUUUUUGUUUGUUUUUUUAACUACAAUUAAGUAGAGAACAUUGUGGCUUUUGUAAACAAGUCAAUCUCCCACAGCAGCUCAUAUAACUGGGGGGUGGGGUUGGGGAAAGCAUUCUACAAUCAUGUUGAGUUUCAAUGUUAGCUGUACAGAUGUGCUCAUAAAGAAGGUUUGUGCAAAACCUUCAUCAGCAAAAUCCAGGCCACGUGACACUCUCCUGAUUUGGGGUUUGUUACACAGCCAAAACUUGGACCAGGUUUACACACUUUUUUUUCCUGUGAGCCUGGGAUUGAGUUCUGAGUGAACUGGGCUUGAAUUAUGGCAGAGAAUAUACAAAACUAAGUGGGCUUUUCCCCAAAAGCUAUGUUUUGAGUUUUUGUGUUUUUACAUGCAUGUGAACCUCAAGCUAAAAGAAGAAAUCUGCACCAGCCACCAAGUUCCCCGUUGCUCAGCCCAGAAGCUUUCAGCUCCUGAAGACGGAAGGUCUGAAUGAUAAGCCACAAAGAAUGAGAAAAAUUCUUAUAGAUUUGCAGGGAAAAAAGCAAAAACCUCCUUAACUGCCUAAAGUCAGCAGCCGCAGGUACUGUGCUGACUGUUCUGCAGGAACAGACAAAUGGUCUCUGGUUUACUUAUCCCCCUUGUCUUUAAUGUGUUAGGCCC